CAGGAUGCAGAUUCAGCCAGCAGAUGUUUCAGGAUUCUGUGGCCUUUGAGGAUGUGGCUGUGAGCUUCACCCAGGAAGAGUGGGCUUUGCUGGAUCCUUCCCAGAAGAAUCUCUACAGGGAUGUUAUGCAGGAAACCUUCAAGAACCUGACCUCUGUAGGAAAAACAUGGAAAAUUCAGAACAUGGAAGAUAAGUACAAAAAUCCCAGGAGAAAUCUAAGUCUUAUGAGAGAGAAACUCUUUGAAAGCAAAGAAAGUCAUCACUGUGGAGAAAGCUUCAACCAGAUUGCAGAUGACAUGCUGAACAAGAAAACUCUUCCUGAAGUAAUACCGUGUGAAAGCAGUGUGUGUGGAGAAGUUGGCGUGGGUCACUCAUCUCUUAAUAGGCACAUCAGAGCUGACACUGGACACAAGUCUUCUGAGUAUCAGGAAUAUGGAGAGAAUCCAUAUAGAAAUAAGGAAUGUAAGAAAGCCUUCAGUUAUCUUGACUCCUUUCAAUCACAUGAUGAAGCUUGCACUAAAGAGAAACCCUAUGAUGGUAAAGAAUGUGCGGAAACCUUCAUUUCCCAUUCAUGCAUUCAAAGACACAAGGUGAUGCGCCGUGAAGAUGGACCUUAUAAAUGUAAGUUUUGUGGGAACGCUUUCUUUUUUCUCAGCUUAUGUCUUAUCCAUGAACGAAUUCACACUGCUGUGAAACCAUAUGAGUGUAAACAGUGUGGUAAGGCCUUUACUCGUUCCACUACCCUUCCAAUACAUGAAAGAACUCACACAGGAGUGAAAGGCGAUGCAUGUAAGGAAUGUGGGAAUGCAUUCAGUUUUCCUAGUGAAAUUCGUAGACAUAAAAGGUCUCACGCUGGAGAAAAACCCUAUGAGUGUAAGCAAUGUGGGAAAGUCUUCAUUUCUUUCAGUUCCAUUCAUUAUCAUAAGAUGACUCACACUGGAGAGAAACCCUAUGAAUGUAAGCAAUGUGGGAAAGCCUUUAGAUGUGGCUCACACCUUCAAAAGCAUGGAAGGACUCACACUGGAGAGAAACCCUAUGAAUGUAGGCAAUGUGGUAAAGCCUUCAGAUGUACCUCGGACCUUCAAAGGCAUGAAAAGACACACACUAGUGAUAAACCCUAUGGAUGUAAGCAGUGCGGUAGAGGCUUUAGAUGUGCUUCACAACUUCAAAUUCAUGAAAGGAUGCACAGUGGAGAGAAGCCCCAUGAAUGUAAGGAAUGUGGAAAAGUAUUCAAGUAUUUUUCUUCCUUGCAUAUACAUGAAAGGACGCACACUGGAGAGAAGCCCCAUGAAUGUAAGCAAUGCGGAAAAGCAUUCAGGUAUUUCUCUUCCUUGCAUAUACAUGAAAGGACACACACUGGAGAUAAGCCAUAUGUGUGUAAGGUCUGUGGCAAAGCCUUCACUUGUUCCAGUUCCAUUCGAUAUCAUGAAAGGACUCACACUGGAGAGAAACCCUAUCAAUGUAAGCACUGCGGUAAGGCCUUUAUUUCCAAUUACAUUCGAUAUCAUGUUUCUCCCACACGAACCCUACACCCAAGGCAGAACUCUCCUUAUGUCAAGUGUGGCCCCCGCACAAUCUGGGAAGACGCGAGGUUGCGGGUGCGGAGCUGCCCAGAGAGGGCUCUGGGGCCGCAGUCGCCAGGCAGGGACGGGACGGGACGGCCAGGGUCCCGGCUGCUGGACCAAUCCCACCUUGCGGCCGAGCUGUGCCAGAACUCGGGUCCCAAACCCCCCAAGUUGCCUGCGGGGGACCUGGGGUCCCGUCACAGCCGGUUCCGGCCGUUUCCAACCAGCCCCUGCCAGGUCUCGGGUAGCUGGCCCCGAACACUCACCAUUUCCAGGCUUCCAGGUGUCCUGGCUGCUUCUCUAGGGCUCCCGUGA